CAAACAUGCCAUCAACGUGACCAUGAGUGGAAAAUCCACGCUCCAUCCUCUUAUCUAAUACAGAGACUUUGAGACACAGCAAAGCACUGAUAAUACUGAAAGAGGAGUAAUGAUGGCGUCUCUUCACCAUCCCACAAGCCCGUUUCUUUUUCCAUGGCCUUCAAAUGCUAAUAAUAAACAUGGGUUUUAUAUUUCAAGGAAGGCAUUUCCAGAAUCUGGAUUAAUGUAUGGUGCUUCGAGCAAACCAAUUCCAAGAGCAAAAAGAGCAAGACCCAGAAGUAUGACUACCCUUUGCAGCAAAAAGGAAGACCCAAAAGUGGAUCUUCCAGUUGGUGAGCGGCUUUAUCUUGGGCUGGACUUUGGAACUUCCGGGGCAAGGUUUGCUCUCAUUGACAAACAGGGGACAAUUCAUGCUGAGGGGAAGAGGGAAUAUCCUUUGUAUCUGAAUGAAGAAACAAUGGAUUGGGCACGCUCGUGGAAAGAUACGCUGUUCUUGCUGCUAGAAGAUGUUCCAUAUUAUCUCCGUGAACUUACAGCUUCCAUUUCCAUUGAUGGGACUUCUGCAACUACUCUCAUUGUCAACAGCACCACAGGAGAACCAUUAUGGAAACCUUUCCUGUACAAUGAGAGUUGCUCUGAUGCUUUACCAACUGUUAAGUCUAUUGCUCCUGAAAAUCAUACUGUCUGCUCUGGUUCCUCUACUCUGUGUAAGCUAAUUUCAUGGUGGAACCAAGAAGAUUCAGAUAAGAAAUCUGCAAUACUGUUGCAUCAAGCAGAUUGGUUGUUAUGGCUUCUUCAUGGAAAGCUUGGAGUGUCUGAUUAUAAUAAUGCUUUGAAGGUUGGGUAUGAUCCCGAGCUUGACGCCUAUCCAUCAUGGUUGCUCUCUCAGCCAUAUUCACAACUUCUGCCUUCAGUCAAGGCUCCUGGAACUUCAAUUGGUCAUAUAAAAGAGGAUAUUGGAUCACAGUAUGGUUUUCCAAAAGAUUGUCUGGUAUGCACAGGAACCACUGAUAGUAUAGCAGCCUUUCUUGCAGCUCGUGCAACACAACCAGGGAAAGCUGUUACUUCUUUGGGUUCGACACUUGCCAUUAAACUACUGAGCACUACUAGGAUUGAGGAUGCACGGUUUGGGGUGUAUAGUCAUCGCCUUGAUGAUAAGUGGCUUGUUGGAGGUGCUUCAAAUACUGGUGGAGCCAUUCUCAGACAAAUUUUCACUGAUGAGCAGUUGGUGGCACUAAGUGAAAAGAUAAAUCCUGUUGAAGCCUCUCCUCUAGAUUAUUAUCCUCUUCAAACAGUUGGUGAGAGAUUUCCAGUGGCAGAUCCUAAGAUGGCUCCUAGGUUACAACCACGGCCAGAAAGUGAUGUCGAGUUCUUGCAUGGGAUAUUUGAAUCGAUUGCACGUAUAGAGGCAAAAGGUUACAGUUUGCUGAAGGAAUUAGGAGCAACCCAAGUUGAAGAGGUAUUCACGGCAGGAGGUGGUGCAAAAAAUGAGAAGUGGACAAAGAUAAGAGAGAGGGUACUUGGUUUACCGGUGAGUUGUGCAACUCAAACGGAGGCUGCCUAUGGAGCUGCGCUAUUAGCGUUGAAAGGUGCCCAACAAAACAAGUAAUCUCAGCUGAGACUGAGAGCUGGUUAUGCAAAUGGACAAUAUUGCCUAUGAUCUCCAUUUUUGGGAGUUGAAGGUUUAAUUAACUAGAAAACCAAGAUUUUUGAGUGAAUUUGUACAAAUUUAGUUUGUUAGUACAACAUACACUGAAUUUGUCAAUAUCAGCGGCCUGUAGACAUUUUAGAUCCAUUGGUAGCAACAAUCUAUUAGAAAUAUAGGUGUCACGUAUUUAAAAUUAAUAUGCAUUUGUGUUGUUGUGAUAUAAGA